AUGGUUGAUGGGGCCUUCAGCCUUAUCGGUGGUUCUGUUCGGGCUGUUCAGGUCCCGAGAGGCCGAAACAAUCAAUUUACGCCUCAAUCAUCACUUUUUGACGCUGUCGGCAAAAGUAAGAUGUGUUGGCUACACUGCAAAUCGAGCAGGGUGGGCCUGGUAUUGAGAACGUCAUAUACGAUGUCUCUGACCCUCAGUAACGAUAAGGCUACAAUUUUUACCUUGCUAUGGACACCAAAUCAACCCUGGCAAUUUAUACUGUCCCCAACCAAUUUCCAUAUUUACGCCUACGACUGUAUCCAUUAG